ACCUUAAACACUGUGAAAGUAUAGACGCAAUUUAAAUUUUAAUAAGCUCGCAUACAAGUCCGGUGCUACAAAAUUUACAAAAAAACGUCUAUUGCGUAUAGCAAAAUAAUAAAUGUAUCACAUAUGCAGUUCGAGAAUCGAUCCAGUUUAAUCCGAAAUAGUCGCAGUAUAUCUGAGUAAACUAAGCUCAUAUUUUUAUCAGAUGUGAUAACCUUUCUUGACUUUAGAAAUUUAAAAAUAGGUUCCUCUCAGAAACAAAAUACAAAAUCAGCUGAAUUAUGGCUAACACCUUAAAAUUUUAUUCAAAAAUCCCUCAAAGCGUCAGGAACAUAUCUACGUCAGGACCUAAAAGUGAUGCUUGGCUUUCAAAAAUAUUCGUUAGAAAGAUCGAGCCGACAAAAGAAAGUCACAGUCGAAUGCUUAGUGAUAAGGAAGUUAUAUAUGCCUUGCAAACUCACAAUUACCGAGCAGAUUCUAAAAAACCAUAUUUAAACAACGUAAAUAACAUUGUCCAAUGGGUAGCCUCACAAGACAAAUUAAAAGAUUCCGCAAAAUUGGUCGGAAGUUGGGUUGUCAAUGUUGGAGACCAGGACCAAGCUUUGCAUUUGUGGAAAUUUACCGGAGGAUUUAAUCAAAUCGAUAUUUUUAAUGAACUCACUGAUGUUAAUGAGGAUUACGAGAAACUGAGAGUCGAACAAGGAAAACUGGUCCGAGCAAGACACUUGCAGUACCUACUCGCAUUUAGUUAUUGGCCGCAAAUCUUACUCAGAGAAACUAAAAACAUUUACGAAAUUCGAAGCUAUGCGUUGAAGCCAGGUACCAUGAUCGAAUGGGGUAACAACUGGGCUCGAGCGAUAAACUUUCGCCAAAACAACGAUGAAGCUUUUGCUGGGUUCUUUUCUCAAAUUGGCAGACUGUACAAUGUUCAUCAUAUUUGGUGUUACGAGGACUUGAAUAAGAGAAAAGAGACGAGAGAAAGCGCAUGGAGAUCUCCUGGAUGGGAUGAAUGCGUCGCUUACACUGUGCCCUUGAUUAGAGAAAUGCAUUGCAGAGUUAUGGUCCCAACAGAGUUUUCUCCCACAAAGUAAACUUUUUGAAGCCUGGAGUUUACCAGUGCUAUGAAAUUGUUGAAAAAAAGAUAUAACACGGAUUUACCUUUAUUUCAACAGCAAUUCUCACUAGUAGAAUCAAGCAAUGUUCUAUUUUAUUAGCAUUGCAGUAUACAUAUGGUUCGCCUGUAAAAAAAUAUUUUCAAGCUUUAUUAAUAACUUGCUAAUGUUUUAACUAUCAUUAAAUGUAUAUAAGUAAAUA